AUGAACGGCAAUAACCUCCAGCUGUUCUGGGAGAUUGCUUCGUCUAACCAGGAUGCAAGGCUGACCUCCGCUAACCAGCUCGUCGACGAGCUUCUUUCGCAACAAGACGUGCUCGCCUCCUCCUCCAAGAUUACGCUCGACCUUCCCUCAACGUCAAAAGCCAGCGAUCAAGAAGAUGAUCGAGAUGCCAUGGCAGUAGACGAAAAAGAAGCCGAGUCGGUCGAGGAAGCUCUCGGCAACCGCACCGUCGCCGAUCUCAUGUAUGCCCUUCGACGAUUGCUCCGUGGUCUCGCCAGUCCAAGAGAGAGCUCGCGUCUCGGAUUCGCCGUGGUUCUCACCGAGCUUCUCUCGCGUAUCAGCUACGCCGUCACCGCCAAAGAGAUUCUCGUCCUCAUCCUCAAGUAUUCCAAUCCACAACUUGCAGCCAGCCGACAGGAGCAAAAGGACUUCAUGUUUGCGAAGCUCUUUGGCGUCAUGAGUCUCGUCCAGUCCGACCUGCUCCUCCAACCCACAGCAACGCUCGGCGACUUCAAGAGGUCCAUGCGCAUCCUCAUUACGCUUUCCUCGGACAAACCAUGGAUGGCAGAAAGCUGUGCUUGGGUCAUGGUCAAUGCUGUCGCUCAGCUCCAACGUUGCGAUGUUCAGAUCGACUGGGCGCAAGUCGCACAGUCUUGGAUGACGCAACAGAUCUCUUCCACCAGCGAGUUGAGUCCUGAGAAGCUUGCCGUCCUGCUCCAGAUCAGCCACGGAGCCGGUGCCGACUUUUUCCAAAGCAUAGCGUUGCCUUGCAUGCGCAACGAGCAUCCGCUCUCCACCGCCAACCUCGCCUCGCUUGCACGCGUGCUCAAGGAGGCCAUCCCAUCCGAAAACGAGGCGGCCGCUCGCGUCGGCGCACGCUCUCGCUGGCAAGCCAAGAUCCACUUUGUCUGGGACCUCAUCCUCGACAUCUUUUUCGACCCUGCUGCUACGGCAGAGGCGAAAAUCGCUUCGUUCCCCGAUUUCUACCGUGUUGUAGUCGACGAGACGCUCUUUGCCGCCUCUUCGUCGCACGAUCGCAAGUCGUGGGGCUUCCAGGUCUUCCAGCGUGCUUUGCCACGUGCCAAUGACACGGACAAGCCAAUGCUGUUCACUCCGAACUUGAUGCGCACGCUCAUCAACCAGCUUGGCAAUCGAGACCGUCUGCUUCACCGCGCUGCGGUCAAAACUACCGAGACGAUCCAAGAUGUCGUCAAGCAGCAACCGCAUCUUGGAUUUGUGCUUGUCACGCAGCUCAUCGGCAAGAACGGCCACCAGAACUUUGACUCGAUCACCAAGACAAAGACAGUCGAACAGGUGCUCUCGUCGCUCGACAAUGAUCGUGUGCGCGAGUACGUAAAGCAUCUCGGCGACGUUAUCUGUCAAGGCAACCAUACCGAGGAUGAGGAUGAGUUGACAGAGAUCACCAAUCGACGAAAGUGGGCGCUCGAUCAGCUUCUCUUCCUUGUACGCACGCCCACUGUACCAAAAGAUGACCAGCUAAUUGUCGACAUCUUGACUUUCCUCGCCGCGCACGGUUACUUUACCAUGCACAAGCCACUCAAGAGGCGCUUCUUGCUCGAGUGUCUGCCUACGCCUGCAUUUGAUGACUCGCUCAAGCAGCUCACUCGCUCUCGUUUCCUCUCGAGCGUUUCCGAGCUGGCCAAGCAAACAACAUCCUCCUCCGGCGCUACCGCCGCUGCUGGCGGUAAGAAGACGCCCGGAGUUGCACAGGAUGGUCAGCUGUGGCUUGCCAAGGCGCACAACGUCCUCCUUCAGCUCGAGAAAGACCAGAGCUUCAAGUCGAUCUUCGAUCACGACGAGCAGAUCGCAGCUAAGCUCGCCGACGGUGUGCGUUGUCUCGACAAGAUGCGCAAACUCGAAGCGCAGAACACCGACACCGAUGUCAAGGAACGCUCGCGUGCUUUUCAGUCGCUCCUUCUUUCGUCGCUGCUCGUAUCGGCCGAUGCGGCCGACGGCGCUUCAGACUUGGUGGAACCGUUGAGUGCCUGUGCGGACAAGCUCUUCUCCACAGCGACCGCGGCUUCGUCUCGCAAGCGCAAACAAGCUAUCGAUGACGAGCAAGACCAAGUGACCGGCAUCGAGUUGCUCUGCGACUGCCUACUUAGCUUCCUCGAGCUCUCAUCGGCCUUCCUGCGCACUUCGGCUUCCAACGCCUUUGAGGUAUUUGCGAAAGAUAUGACCAAGCAGAGCAUCGAUUUGCUGCUCUCGCACCUCGGCACCUCUGACCAAGUAGCUGAGAAUCAAGACGACCAAGAUGACGACGAAAUGGAUCAAGACGACGCAUCUGCAUUGCAAGAGGAUAGGCAGGAGGCGCAGCCUUCCGACACUUCGGCUACCAGUGAUGACGAUGAGGACGAAUCGGACGCAGGUCCAGACGACGAGGACGAAGAGGACGAACAAGUGGAUGAAGAACUUCGUGCUCGUGUUCGUGCUGUUCUGCUCGAAUCGGGUAUGGCUGAUUCCGAUUCCGAUGACGAUGACGAUUCCGCCGAAGAUGCCGAGAACGGUGAGGACGAAGAAGACGAUGCACAGUCGAAUGCCGGCUCGGAUUCGAGCAUCGAAUUCUCCGACUUGGGAGACGACGAGAUGAUGCUGCUCGACGACAAGCUUGCCGAAGUGUUCCGUCAGCGCGUCUCGGCGGCACGCGGUCAGAAGGAAGCCAAGCAGGAAGCGAUCGCGCUGCGAUUCAAGGUGCUGGAGCUUGUCGAGAUCUUUGCACGCAAACAGCCACAAAGCGGAUUGAUGCUCGAUCUGAUCCUUCCACUGUAUGAGCUGUGGACGAACCGCGACGAUGACACGGAGCAGCUUGCUACCAAAGCUCGCACUUUGAUGCUUGGCCGUAUCAGCAAGGCUAAGACGGUCCCUGACGAGUUUUCAGCCGACCAAGUGAUUAGCCUGCUGCAACGAAUGCACACGGAAGCACGUGAAUCUUCGUCCAACGAUGUAUCAAACGUCAGCUCAGCUCUCAACCUGUACCUAACCAAGGUGGCCGUUUCUAGCAAGCCUGACAACGUCAAAUCAGCACUCGAUGGUCAGUUGCUCUCAAUCUAUCGCGAAUCGCUGCUGGACUACUUGCUGCGUAAAUCGUCUCGAUUGCGACACGAAUUUCUGAUCGAUGCUUUUCGGCGAUUCGCGUUGCUUGGAUGGGAGCUGCGUUCAGACCUACUGGACCAUGUUCGGCCAGGUAGCGCAACACGAGCGUUCCGACAGGUGCAAGUCAUGUCGAUGCUACAAGCUGUGCUUACGCAGAUUGUUCAACGAACCGAGAAGACGAGCGAAGUGUUGUCGUUCGUACCCGAGAUCAGCAACGCGUUCGUACGCAUCGUCAAUGAUGCCUGCGAUUCGGCGAGUAUCACUUCGAACCAUCUCAAGGACACGAUCAAGUUUGUGUUGCAGAUGGCCAGGAUCAGUUUGAGGCUGACCGAGGCGGACAAGGUCAAGAGCGCUUGGAAGGUGAACAAGUUGCAAGAGGCUGCAGAAAAGUUGCAGGGUUCCGACAGAUUCAAAGCAUCCACUUCGAUUCACGAUUUGAUGAAGCAGCUCAUCAAGGUGGUUCACUUGGAUGCGCAGCGUGGGCCAGAUGGCAAGAAGAACACCAACAAGGCUGGCGACAAGAAGCGCGCUGCUGACGACUCGGCGGGUGAGAUCCAAACGAGUGCAAAGCAGCCUUCGCCCAACAAGAAGGUCAAGUCCACCGCAAAGUGA